GCGCGGAGGCUUUUGUCCGCCUCAGAGAACAUGAGCGUGUGGAGAGAGUUUCCCUCAGGACCGGCUUCUUCUCAUCGACACUUUUCACCUCUUUAACCGUGUUUCUGACCAACUGGACACCAUGACUCGGAUAACAAAACGCUUCUCGGAGGGUGAGCGGUGUGACGGAGGAGAUGACCGCCAACAAGAACUCAAAGGCCACGCCCAAAACAGGAGGGGCUAAAAGCCCUCAGGAGAUUCCUGACAGGUGCCAGUCUGCGUCCCCACCUCCUAUUCUUUCUGCUGUGAAGGAACAGUGUCACGCUGAGUUCAGCGAGACAGAAGACGCCAGACAGCAGAGCAGAUACGCCAAAGCUGACACAAAAUUCCAGUCUCAUAGGAACUGGAGUCAGAAAACGGCGAGUCUGCGCAGUGGAGCCACGCUUUUCCCCGACUCCAAGAGUAGACUCACCAAGGCCAAGAGCAUCGGCUGUCUGGAUAAGAAGCUCAGCAUCUACAAACAGUCCAGUGGAGAAGAUCAAGAGCAGAAGGAGAAUCAACUGAAAGACAGUCCUCCUGGAGCCUGUCCCGGAACUUUCAGCAAGAGUACACUGUCUUUAAUCUCGGCCUCUUCCUCCUCUGCCAAAUACGGCCACAAGCGCACUCUGUCGCUCAGCCGGAACGGUCCCGGGACUUCGUCUGCCACAAUCCGGAAGAAGAUCACGGAAUGGGAAUGUCGGAACGUGUCUCUUCCUAGGAUGAGUCUGUGCUUAGACAAGAGGCCUGGUGGUGGGAGUGAAGGCUGCCCCAGCUUCUUGUCCUCUCCUUGUAGCGAAAAAGCCUUCGACUUCAAGUCCAUGCGCAGGAUGAGCGCGGCAUUUUCCGAGUGUUCUUAUCCGGAGACCGAGGAAGAGGACGGAGCUUCGGACCGAGAAUGUAGCGGCAGGUUCCAGAAGAGAGAAGGCCCGAAGUCAUUCCACCGCGCUCAUUAUCCUCGUAAAGAGACGUCUGCUGUUCUGAACCGGAUACAGAAGAUCGAGCAGGCUUUGAAAGAAAGUCCGUCCACUCCGCCAAAGUACCUGAGCAACUGUUACGGCUUGGACAAGUCACGGCAGAAGUCUUUCACCAUUUCAUCGCGUCACGAGGACCUGGACAGCACGUGUGACAGCAAGCGAAGCAGCAUCUGUUCUGUGGCUACUGAGCCAGAUACUUACCCCGGCUCAGAAAAACUCUCAAAGAUCAGACAGAGGUUCAGCAUCGCCUCAUUCAUGUCUGAGAGCUCACAGCACCCCUGUGCACCCGGCCCACCCGGCCCACCCGUCAACCCCCUACCUAAACCCAAGCGCACUUUUGAGUAUGAUGCUAAUCGGAGCCAUAAAGACUCUUCACCUAGCAAUGGAAUACCUCCAAAUUCUGACACUCACAUAACUCCGCCCACCGUUAACACAUCUGCGCGCUCGUUCAAGGGAACCCCUGACAGAGAGUCGUGUGAGUCUGAAGACGCAGUGAGCCUGCCCUCCUCUUACCCCUCUUCACCCACAGAAAAUGGCACUGCGUCCACAGAGAAUCACAGCUGCCCCAGCUCUAAGAGCACUCCAGAGGAAAACGCUUACGAGGACAUUACAGAGACAAUGAAAGAGAAUCCGUAUGAGGAUGUGGACCUGAGGGUGAGAGGUCUGGCCCGCAAGUCUCGCCUGUUACCUGAGAGGUCUAAUGACUCACUUAACAGGACGUGGACCUCCCAAGACAGGAAGUGCACUACACCACCCCAGCUGCCAUCCAAACCAAGCAGUCAGUCGCUGCGGCUCCUGGGCCAAGCUGACAGGAAGAGCCACCGCUUGUCUCGUUUCUCUAAAAGACACAGUCAUGAUGACAUGUUACUGAUGCCCCAGUUAUCGUCUCCCUCCUGCGGCCUCCUGGAUGACGGCCUGAGCAGUGCCAGUGACACUCUGACCUCCCGCAGACAGAGGCGAGUCCCCAAGGUGGUGCAGAGAAUAAAUUCCAUCUAUUGUGCAAAAAGAGGGAAGAAGAGACUAAAGAAGCUCUUGCUCUCCAACAUAGAGACGGCAUCCCUGCGAGAUGAUAACAGUGAGAGUGAAAGUGACUCUGACGACAGGUUCAAAGCUCACACCAAGAGGCUCCUGAAGCUGCAGUCGAUACUCCGCCGCGCCCCGAGUUACCGCACACUGGAGCUAGAGCUCAUCGAGUGGCAGGAACGGGAGCUGUUUGAGUACUUUGUCGUGGUCUCUCUGAAGAAGAAGCCUACGAAGAACUCAUACACACCGGAAGUCUCCUACCAGUUCCCUAAGCUCGAGAGGCUGACCAAACAGAUGCGAGAAGCCGAGCAGCGUCUCAAAGCUAUUCCACAAUUCUGUUUCCCCGACGCUAAGGAUUGGAGUCCUGUGUCCGAGUACAGCAGUGAGACCUUCUCUUUCAUGCUGACCGGAGAAGACGGAAGUCGGCGUUUCGGAUACUGCCGACGGCUCCUGCCCAGCGGGAAAGGCCAGCGUCUUCCGGAGGUGUAUUGUGUCAUCAGCAGGUUGGGGUGUUUUGACCUGUUCUCUAAGAUCCUUGAUGAAGUAGAGAAGAGGAGAGGGAUCUCAGCUGCUCUGGUCUACCCCUUCAUGCGGAGUCUGAUGGAAUCACCGUUUCCUGCCCCCGGAAAAACCAUCAAAGUCAAAACCUUCCUGCCUGGUGCAGGCAACGAGGUUAUGGAAUUGAGGAGGCCGAUGGACUCGAGGUUGGAGCAUGUGGAUUUCGAAAGCCUCUUCAGCUGUCUGAGUGUGAGACAGGUGGUGUGUGUGUUCGCCUCGCUGCUGCUGGAGCGCCGAGUCAUCUUUGUGGCCGAUAAACUCAGUGUUCUGUCCAGUUGUGUACAUGCUGUGGUGGCUCUGCUUUACCCGUUCUCAUGGCAACACACCUUCAUCCCUGUUCUUCCCUCCGCCAUGGUGGACAUCGUGUGCUGCCCGACUCCGUUUCUGGUGGGAAUCCUGUCCAGCUCACUGCCCAAACUCAAGGAACUACCAGUGGAGGAAGCUUUGAUGGUUCAUCUAGGUACAGAUCGCUUCAUCAGACAGCUGGACGAUGAGGCUUCACUUCUACCCCGCAAGCUUCAGGCUGCUCUGGAGCAAGCACUGGAGCAGAGGAACCACAUCAUCAAUCAGGACUCGGACAGCGAGUCGGAUGACGAGUGCAACUCAUUGAACAGCGUGGUAUCCGAGGCCUUCAUCCGCUUCUUCCUGGAGACUAUCGGACACUAUUCUCUCUUUCUGACUCAGGGCGAGAGAGGAGAGCGCGUGUUUCAGCGCGAACCUUUCCGCAAGUCUGUAGCCUCCAAAAGCAUCCGCCGCUUCUUGGGAGUCUUCAUGGAGUCUCAGAUGUUUGCUGGAUUUAUCCAGGACCGCGAGCUAAGGAAGAGCCGAGCUAAAGGUCUGUUUGAGCAGAGAGUGGACCAGUACCUGGAGGAGUUACCCGACACCGAGCAGAGUGGAGUUAAUAAGUUUCUCAAAGGACUAGGUAAUAAAAUGAAGUUUCUCCAUAAGAAGAACUGAUCGCAUGGAACCUGAUAAAAACCACUAAGGACAUCUUUCCAACACUACAUUUGAAGACUUAACACAACUCAUAUAUCUGGCAAUGGAAUUGACUUGAGCAGUUAAAUGUCUUAAUGUCUUGUAUGUGUGUGUGUGUGUGUGUAUAUAUAUAUAUAUAUAUAUAUA